CGAUGACAAGGAGCUGGAGCAAAGAGCUGGAGCUCAAUUGCCGCUGAUACGCGUCCCUGGUGGUAUUGAACACGUGCUGGAAGCCUUUUUCGUUGUGCACGACAGCGCGCUCGAAGGAACUCUGCUCUCCUUGCGUGGAGAGCCCCCCUAGUUGCUGCAGCUCUGCCAUGGGACGAGGACGACGACGACGCGUAGCGCUCUGCGCCGCCGUCCUCUGCCGACCCGCGCUCGCGCUCGCACCGCUCAACGGCGUGGCACCCGUGAAAACCGACCGCGUCGCCGAGCUCCGGAGGCAGCGCGCGGAGAUCGACGCGGAGCUGGCAACACUCGAGGUGGGCCACCGGCACGCCACCGCGACCCCGAAACAACAGAUCAGGGCAUUGUACGACGCCUUUAAUGCGCGCGAUGGCCGCGCUGUUGCUGACUUACUAGCUGACGACGUGGUCUAUGAGGACUUGCUGUUAGGAGAGUCCACAAUUUGCCGGGGCAAGGCCGCGUUCUCCGGCGCGCUGGAGUGGCAUCCUGCGUUCGUGUCGAAGAAAUUGAACCUGCCCUUCGACCUGCAGCUCAUCGUCGACAAAGUGGCCUGCGACGGGCAGAAGUCGGUGGGUGUCGAAUGGCACGUCGAGGUUGAUGGGAAGCCCUUCCCGUUGUCUCGCGGUUUAUCUCUAGCGACCACCAACGCCGAGGGCAAGUUGGAAAGAGUCGUCGACAUCGCCGAGGCGCCGUGGCGCGUCGUCGGGUUGUUGAUCCGGCCGCUGCUGACGGCGUUCGGCGCGGGCGCCGCGGCGCUGGGCAUCGGGGGGCUGGGCUACCUCAUCGGGACGUAGCCAGCCGAAGACGAACAUCAUAAGCUAUUGUGU